CGGUGAGUAUGUGCGCUGCUGACUAGCAUCGAUGAUCAGACCGUCCGAGGUCCGACAGCAACCAUCCUUUCCUCCCGCGAGCCCAUGACCUCCCCCUCCCCUCCAUAAACGGGCCGAGUCUGCCAGAUAAGGAGUCGAUCAAGGGGGUGGGGCGAAUCGGUUCAACAUGCCCGUCCAGUCAGUCUACGAAGCCGGACCAGCUGUGGAUCCCCAAGCUCCCACUGUCCGAGCGCGCCGAAAGCACAGAGAGCAACAGAUACAAGAAGCUUACAAAUUGCAAAGGGAUGCAGCGAUUCGAGGCGCUUCCACUUAUGGUCUGGUGGGCCUAGCUACCAUCUUUACAGCGCAUCAUUACUAUCCCAAAUUCAGAUCACAGACUUUAGCCUUGAAGAGUUUCCUCUUGUCCGGAUUUGCCAUCUUUGGCUUCGUCGUCGGAGCAGAUACCCAAUUGCUCACUCACGAAAGCAGCCAACGCAUCGAGGAAAAUAUGAUCAGGACGCGCGCAAGGACAGAGCUGGGAAGAAAAGGUAUUCUAGCUUCCGAAGCAGAGAUUGAAAAGUGGAGACAGGAAACGAUAGACCGCUUGAAUAGAGAGCAAGGAGGAGCAGCAGCAGCAGCAGCAUCACAUCAGGCGUCGAACUCGAGUCAUCAGAAUGUCAAUGAAGAUGCGAGAUGACCAGGCAAGCAGCUGGUGUGAUCACAUUUGCGCAG